AAGCGACAGUUGUUAUUUAUGCCGGUUUGACCGUGUUUAGUUCGGUUAGCAGAGCGAAUUAACGUCCACUUAUCUAAAUAACGUCAGAAAAACAAACCAUCAGAGUUAAUUAACCGGAGCAGAGAUGGACCGACACCAGAAACUGCUGCCUGACGUCACGGACGCGGGUUUAAACCCGAGAGGAAUAAGAAAAGGUGGUGUGGUGAAAGAGGAGCAGCAGGAGUGGAGCUGCUGUGUGGACCAGGAGGACCCAGAGCCCCCACACAUUAAAGAGGAAGAGGAGGGAGAGCAGCUUCACCAGCUGGAGGAGGCUGAUAUCACCAAGUUACCAUUCACUCCUGUCCCUGUGAAGAGUGAAGAUGAUGAAAAGAAACCUCUGUCUUCCCAGAUUCAUCAAACAGAGGCUGAUGGAGAGAACUGUGAAGGACCAGAACCAAUCAGGAACUCAGAUCCAGACCCAGAUUUAGAACCAGAGACUGAAGACAGGUGUGGAGACUCAUCUGGGGCGGAGACUGAUGACAGUGAUGAUUGGACAGAGAGCAGAGAAGCUCCUGUCAGUGAUUCAUCAUGUAGAGCUGGAGAGAAACCGUUCAUCUGCUCUGAGUGUGGGAACACAUUUGGUCGUAAGGACAAUCUGCAGCAACACAUGAAAACUCAUACUGGAGAGAAACCGUUCAGCUGCUCUGAGUGUGGGAAAAGAUUUUGCACAAAAGCAAAGUUGAAGAUUCACAUGAGAACUCAUACUGGAAAGAAACCAUUCAGCUGCUCCGUCUGUAAGAAAUGUUUCACACAGAGAGGGAAUUUACAGACACACAUGAAGAAUCACUCAGGAGAGAAACCGUUCAGCUGCUCCAUUUGUGAUAAAAAAUAUGUGUGUAAAGCUGAUCUAAUGAGACACAUGAAAACUCAUACAGGAGAGAAACCAUUUGUUUGCUCAGUUUGUACUAAAACAUUUAUGGACAGAACAAACCUGACGCAGCACAUGAGUGUUCACACAGGAGAGAAAAGAUUCCGCUGCAGUUUUUGUCACCAAAGAUUCAUUUGGUAUAAUCAGCUGCAAAGACAUAAAUGUGCUGGUCCCCAGUUGUCACAGUGUCAUCAGACUCAAACUGAGGAGGAUAGAGGGGCGGAGCCUCAAGCCAGCAGGUCAGGAGCUGAUGGAGAGCACUGUGGAGGACCAGAACCAACCAGGAUCUCAGAUCCAGAUUUACAACCAGACACUGAAGACAAGACUGGAGACUCAUCUGAAGCGGAGACUGAUGACGGUGAUGAUUGGACGGAGAGCAAAGAAGCUCAGUCAGGUUUAAAGUCUCCUAUCGGUGAUUCAUCGUGUAGAGUAGGAGAGAAACCGUUCAGCUGCUCUGAAUGUGGGAACAGAUUUGGCCGGCAGAUAGAUCUGAAGAUACACAGGAGAUGCAGUCAUCCACGAGAGAAACCAUUUAGCUGCUCUGUUUGUCAGAAAAGUUUCACAGAGAAAUGGCAUUUACAGAGACACGAGAGAAUUCACUCAGGAGACAAAAGAUACAGCUGCUCUGUUUGUCUACAGAAGUUCACGUGGCAUUGUGAGCUGAAAAAGCAUCCAUGUGAAGGACCGAAACCCGCCAGGAGCCGAGUCCUGCUGCCACGUCCCCCCACUGAUCAGCCCGUACUAUUUGUGUACCUGGAUGUAGCAUAAAGUGCUUUACAUGGUCAAAAAGGAACGCAUGAGCCAUCUGCACCGGGAGCUGAUCACAGCCCAUGGCUACCAGGACGCCGACACGGAAACCACCCCGAUACGGGCAGACAGAUGAGCCCACACCACCACCAUAAGGGCAGAGUGCAGACCCCCCACCCAACCCAGCCAAAGCAACCCAUGAGGCAGCGCCUCAUGGGUUAUAAUAAUAUAAUAAUAAUAUAAGUAUAAUAUUGAACCCUAAACAAUAGAUAGGACAUAAAAAUAACAAUUAAAACAUCAGUAGAAGACUAAGAAUGGCAAUAUAAUAUCAAUGAAAGACUGAGAAUGACAUUAAAAUAUUGGUAACGGACUAAAAAUGACAUUUUAACAUCAGUAAAAGACUAAGAAUGGCAUUAAAACCUAAGUAAAAGUCUUGAUGACAAUCAAACAUCAACAGACUAAGAAAAUAUUAGUUAAAGCCUCAAAUAAAUAGGUAGGUCUUGAGCCUGAUCUUAAAAAUAUCAACAUUCUCUGCAGCCCUCAGGUCCUCUGGCAGGCUAUUCCACAAACAGGGGCCAUAAUACUGAAAAGGUGCCUCACCGUGAGUACCUGUUCUAACUUUAGGAUUAAUUAAGAGGCCAGUGCUGGAGGACCUCAGGGUCUGCGAGGGUUCGUAGGGUGUAAGCAAGCCAAGACCAUUAAGACAUUUAAAAAACAUUAAAAGAACCUUAAAAAUCAAUCCUGAAACAUACGGGGAGCUAGUGCAGUGAUUUUAAAAGAGGUGUAGUGUGAGCCUGACUUCUGGUCUUUGUCAGUACACAUGCAGCUGAGUUCUGUAAAAGUUGUAGGCCUGAGAUACUUUUUUGGGAAUACCAGAAAGCAGGGCAUUACAGUAAUCAAUACGACUGGAAAUAAAAGCAUGCGUCAGCGUCUCCUUGUUACAUGCUUAAUGUGAGGAAUAAGAGUAACCUCAGAGUCAAAAAUGACGCCCAGGAUUUUAACUAACCGAUGAUUAAAACUUCAGUUUUGUCCUGGUUAGUUGUAAAAAGUUUUCUGUCAUUCAGGAUUUGAUGUCCAAGAUACAGUUAAAAAGGGCAUCAACUGGCCCUGUGUCAUCAGGGGACAUGGAGAUGUACAACUGUGUAUUAUGAGCUUAACUGUGGAAGUUAAUACCAUGUCUCCUGAUGACACAACCAAUUGGGAGCAUGUACAAAUAAAAAAGCAGGGGACCUGAAAUUGAGCCUUCGGGCACACCACAUUUAAUUUCAAGGAUCUCUGAGGAGUAUGUAUCCAUUCUUACCAAAAAUGUUCUAUCUGUGAGAUAGGAAGGGAACGAAAUAAGAACAGUACCAGAGAGGCUGACCAGCUUUAAGAGUCUGUUUAAAAGAAUAGGGUGAUCUACUGUGUCGAAAGCAGUGCUUAGAUCCAGUAGCACCAGGACUGAUAAUUUGUGUGAGUCCAAGUUACACCUGAGAUCACUGACAAUCUUCAGUAGGGCUGUCUCUGUACUGUGAUUCAUCCUAAAUCCAGAUUGGUAUUUUGCUAAGAUGUUAUUAUUAUGUUAAAAAUCAUAAAGAUGAAUAAAACAAGUUAAAUGUUUUUACUUAGAAAAGGUAAGUUGGAUACUGCUCUGUAGUUGUUAAGAACAUUAGGGUCCAAAUUCCAAAUUCUAUGAAGCCAGAAGAAAGUAAUCAAUUAACUAAACUCCAUAACUGCCUUAAAGACAUAAAAACUUGGAUGAGCACCAAUUUCCUGAUGUUAAAUUCAGACAAAACUGAAGUUAUUGUUCUUGGCCCCAAACAACUCAGAGACUCUUUAUCUGAUGACAUAGUUUCUCUAGAUGGCAUUGCUCUGGCCUCUAGCACUACCGUAAGAAACCUCGGAGUAAUAUUUGAUCAAGAUUUGUCUUUUAAUUCUCAUUUAAAACAAACCUCAUGGACUGCAUUUUUUCAUCUGCGUAAUAUUGUGAAAAUUAGGCCUAUCCUGACCCGAAAAGAUGCAGAAAAAUUGGUCCACGCUUUUGUUACCUCUAGGCUGGAUUACUGUAACUCUCUAUUAUCAGGUAGCUCUAGUAAGUCCUUAAAAACUCUCCAGCUAAUUCAGAAUGCAGCAGCACGUGUACUAACAGGAACUAAGAAACGAGAUCAUAUUUCUCCUGUUUUAGCUUCUCUGCACUGGCUCCCUGUAAAAUCCAGAAUUGAAUUUAAAAUCCUACUGUUAACUUAUAAAGCUCUAAAUGGUCAAGCUCCGUCAUAUCUUAGAGAGCUCAUAGUGCCUUAUUAUCCCACCAGAACACUGCGCUCUGAGAACGCAGGGUUACUCGUGGUCCCUAAAGUCUCCAAAGUAGAUCAGGAGCCAGAGCCUUCAGCUAUCAGGCUCCUCUCCUGUGGAAUCAUCUUCCUGUUACGGUCCGGGAGGCAGACACCGUCUCCACAUUUAAGACUAGACUUAAGACUUUCCUCUUUGAUAAAGCUUAUAGUUAGGGCUGGCUCAGGCUUGCCCUGUACCAGCCCCUAGUUAGGCUGACUUAGGCCUAGUCUGCUGGAGGACCCCCCUAUAAUACACCGGGCACCUUCUCUCCUUCUCUCUCUCUCUCUCUCUCUCUCUCUCUCUCGUAUCCUAUUACUGCAUCUUGCUAACUCGGCCAUUCUGGAUGUCACUAACUCGGCUUCUUCUCCGGAGCCUUUGUGCUCCACUGUCUCUCAGAUUAACUCAU